AUGGAUCCCCUCCUAUCUGUCGCAGACGAUGCUAUUGCGCAUUCACAAAUACCGUCCCCUCCACCGAACCCUCCUGGGCGCCUCUGGGCAAUCAGCGAUAUCCACCUCUCCUUCAAGGGCAACCGCGAAGCUCUCGAGAAGUUACAGCCACAGCUGAACGAUGGCCUCAUCCUCUGCGGCGACGUAGGCGAGAGCGCAGAUCACUGCAGACAAGCCUUCGAGAAAGCGAUUUCGUGCUUCAGGCGAGUCUUCUGGGUUCCUGGCAACCACGAGCUUUACACCCUCCCCUCCCAGAAGGACCACGGUGCUCGCGGCGAGAAGAAGUACAUGGAAUGCGUGGACAUCGCACGCGAGUAUGGGAUAUGGACACCAGAAGAUGAGUUCUCGCUAUGGGAGGGCGAAGGUGGGCCGGCGCUGAUUGCGCCCAUCUUCACGCUGUAUGACUAUAGUUUUCGACCCAAAGAGGUGGAGCUGAAAGAUGCACUCGACUGGGCGAGAGAGGAGGAUAUCGAGGCCACGGACGAGCAUCUGCUGCAUCCAGACCCAUACGCCUCACGCAUCGAAUGGUGCAAUGCGCUUCUUGAGAAGACCGAGAAGAAGCUCGAGGCUGCGUUGGCUGCGCACCCAGAUACACCUCUGAUCAUCAUCAACCACUGGCCGCUGCGUGAGGAUCUGGUCAAGCUGUUCCGCGUACCACGCUUUUCGCUGUGGUGCGGUACGAAGAAAACGGAGGAUUGGCAUAACAAGUUCAACGCAAAGGUUGUUGUGAGUGGGCAUCUACACAUAAGAAGAACAGAUUGGAUCGACAACACACGGUUCGAAGAAGUCAGUCUGGGAUAUCCGAGGCAAUGGCAGGAAUGUCAAGAGCAGGGGCUGGACAUCAACGAUCUUCUGCGCGAGAUCCUGCCUGGGCCUAAAAUGCCUGAUGGGGAGAGAGAGACAAUGUGGAGGAGAUACGGUUGA